UCUGUUGAUAGCGAAGCCGAAAGUCAGCCAGCGCUUUUUGUGUUUUCUCAUCCGCUGCAAACAAGUGUGUGCCUAAAAACCGUAGUCAUGUUAUUGUAGUGAACGGGGCGCCCUUCUGUACAUAAUAAUUGUAUUGGCAUCUUGAUAUCAUUUUCCCGGCGCAGUAAGAUCGAUCCCGCAAAGUCGUCCCGUCUGAAGGGAGCCAGUGUAGCAUUGUGGUGUAUUCCGGAACACCGAUACGAUGGCCACCAGCAGUGACACGGCCAAGCUGGAGAAACACCUAAAGCUGCUGAAGGAGGAGUACACGAAGCUGCAAAAAAGUUACGCCGAGCUAGAGCGCAAAUACAGUCAGGCGGCAGCCGCCAACGAAGAUCAUGAUCUGUCCGGCGAGUUUAGCAGCUUCAUUUCGCGCCUGGUCAUGACGGUGGCCACCCUGUACGGACGAACGACCUACUCCGACAUUACCAUCAAGCUGAAGGAUAAAACCAUGCCUGCCCACAGGUUUGUGCUGAAUGCUCGCAGUGAAGAGUGGCGGGAAGAGGUGCUGAUGGACAAGGGCGAACUAGAUUGGUCCGACAUGGAUGCGGAUGUUGGGUACGCUCUGUUGCGCUGGAUUUACACCGACGUCGUGGAUCUGCAGCACGAUUCACUCGCACUGGAGCUGCUGAAAACGUCCCAUCGCUUCAAACUGCCCGGCCUGAUGGGUCUAUGCGAGCGGGCACUCGUAUCGUCCGUAUCGGUACGGUCCUGCGUCCGGUUCUACUGCGUGGCGGAAGAGGUCGGCGCCGCAAACCUGCUGGAAUACUGUUCCGGGCUCAUAUCGACGCACUGGGACGAUCUAACGCCGCAAGACUUCGAGCACAUGUCCGGUGCGCUGCUGUACAAGAUGCUGAAAAGCAAAACCAAACAUCCGCUCCAUGCUGCCGUCCGGUUACUUCGCGAAGAUGUCGUAUUUUUGUGUUUAGUGGAAAACAACGGUUCGCUACAGGAAAUUGUGAACAGCCUGUCUCCCCAGGGCCAGCUACCGCUAGGGCUGGCUCUCAUGGGUCGCAGCACAGCCAUCGCACAGACACUGCUCGAAACGGGAGGAGCCGAUAUUAACGCCUAUACAACGGAGGGCAACACGCUGCUUAUCGAUGCGAUUAAACGUGGCGACAGUUUUACGGCCCAGUUUCUGCUAGAGAAAGGCUGCAAUGUAGAUCUGGUCACGCGGGACACGUCCGAUACGGCACUGCAUCUGGUCUGCACCUACUCCGAGCGAAGCACGGACAUCGAAACGCAUCGCGAAAUGCUUAGCAUCGGCAGACAGCUGCUGAAGCAGCAGGCCGAUCCGAACAUGCAAAAUAGCAAGGGCUACACUCCACUCCACGUUGCUAUCAUGUCGCAGCACGUGGAAAUGAUCGACGAGCUGUUGACCGAGACCGAUGGUGGUUCGUACGUCGAUACGAACGUGCGAACGAAGGAUGAAAAAUGUGCCUUACAGCUGGCACUGAUGCCACCCCACACUGAUGGGCCACCGUACGAGCUGGCCCGCCGCCUGCUGGAACGUGGAGCUCGGUCGAACGUUAUCCAUCCCGAGACGGGCGACAGUUUGCUGCACAUUCUCGCGAAACAGCAGCUCGAAGAUGCUGCCGUCUUUCUUACCGAUCACUGCAACCUCAGCCAUAUCAACCGAUCCGGAUUGACCGUACUGCAUGUGGCUGCAUCGCAGGGGCUGGCAAACCUGGCGCGUGCCCUGCUAGAGAAAGGAGCCCCACCCAACGUACAGUCCGGCGUGACGGAGCUAAAAACGGCCCUACAUUACGCGGUCGAAGAGAACUACACCGAUGUGGUGGAAGCGUUCAUCGACUACAAAGACACGAAUCCUCCUGGGACGGUAGAUUUCAACCUCAAGAACGCAUUCGGUGACUCGCCUUUGAGCUUAGCCCUUAGCCUUGGCUAUAACGAGCUGGUCCCGCUGCUAAUCAAGGGUGGCGCGGACGUGAAUGCACGCAACGGACAGGACAUGACGCUGCUGCACCAGGCCAUACUGAAGGAGGAUGCAAAGACGGCCGUCUUUCUGCUCGGCCAAGGGGCAGACAUGAACGCACUGACCGCGGACCAGGAAUCACCGUUACAGCUCGCGAUUCACUGUCGGUUGGUGGACGUGGUAGAUGCGCUCUGUUCGCGCGGAGUAUCGCUUAGCGCACCGGACAACAAGGGUGACUGUCCGCUGUGGAGUGCACUGGAGUCGGAGCAGUUUGAAAUCGCUUCGGUGCUGGUGCGGCACGGUGUCGAUACGGACUGCUGGGGCCCCGGACCGGACGGAUGUCUACAGACGCUGCUGCACCGAGCGAUCGACGAGAACAAGGAGCAGGCGGCCAUGUUCCUGAUCAAAAGCGGCUGCGAUCUAGACUCGCCGCGUCAACCCGGUCCCCAGGGACAGGGUGGCGAUGAAGCGAAGGACAAAGCAUCACCGCUGCAUCUGUGCUGCCAAUGGGGACUUCGCAAUGUGCUGCACACGCUCAUCGGCCAUGGAGCCAACGUGAAUGCGGUGGAUUGUGAUCUGAAGACACCGUUGCAUAUUGCGAUAGAAAAUCAACACGAGGAAAUCAUCGGCAUACUGCUGUGCCAUCCGGGCAUUGAUCUGAAGAUUCGUGAUAAAACGGGCAACACUCCGUUCGCUGCGGCGCUACAGGUUCGGAACAAUAAGGCGGCCCAAAACAUUCUCGAGCGGUUGCCGAACGCGGCGGAACAGAUCGAUCAGCGGGGGCGCAACUUUCUGCACCUGGCAAUCAUGCGCGAUGAUCUCGAAUCAGUGUUGUUUUUGCUCUCGAUACAGGUCGACGUAAAUUCGCGCGUGCAUGAUGUCAAUCAGACGCCGCCGCUGCAUCUGGCGGCUGCAUCCGAGAAGGAAAUGUUAAUCCGCAACCUGAUCCUAGCCGGCGCUCGGUUAAACGAUCGUGAUGCGACGCAAAAAACGGCACUCCACGUGGCGGCCGAGCGGGGCACGGUGGGUGCCGUGUCGGCUCUGCUGCAGAACGGCGCCGAUUUCGACGCAGUGGACGGAGACGGUAACAAUGCGCUGCACAUUGCGGUGCGCGAAGGUCACAUUGCGGUCGUGCGGGAGUUGCUGACGGAAUCGGAGCUCAAUGCGGAAGCGGUCAAUAUGAAGGGUUGCAAUCCGCUGCAUGAGCUGUGCCGCAGCGGCAAGGACAAUACGGCCGCCGCAAUACUGGAACUGUUUUUCGAAUGUAUGCCAAAGUAUCCGAUCAACAGUCCCGAUCUGCAGGGCAACACACCGCUGCUGCUGGCGUACAUGCGCGGCCAGGCGCAGCUGUGCCGGAUGCUGGUGAAGAACGGUGCCUGCCUGGGAGCCGAGAACAAGGAGGGAUUGACGAUAUUUAACUUUAAGCUAGCUACCAACCAGCUGUUGCAUCGUUUGCUGGACGAACUGCCGCAAGAGUCGCCCUGGGCCUCGUCCGAGCUGUGCCAGGAGUGUGGCACCAAGUUCAGCAUCACCAUGCGGAAACACCACUGCCGUCAUUGUGGACGAAAUCUUUGCAGCCGAUGUUCGAACAACGAUGUGCCAAUCAUCAAAUUUGGCAUCAAUAAACCGGUCCGCGUUUGUUCGGUGUGCUUCGAAGUGCUACAAAUUGGAAGUGGGGCCGUUUGAAACUGAAUCCAGUUUUUGGAUGCGGAUUACUAAGUGGACGCGUAUGGAUUCCCGGUGGAUGCACCUGAAGCAACUGGUCUGUAGGCUACGGAAGCCGAUCUACAAACGCAGGACAGCGUUGGUGGCACACACUGGUAAAUCCAAAUUUCAUCGAGAGCAUUCUUAACCUUUUCCUUUCCUCCUAGCUGUUACUUUGAAAAGUAUCUUUUUGUUAUGCAUAUUGAAAAGAUUAUUUAUACACACAUGUAACACACGAAAAUGGACAUUUUCCAGACAUCAAUAUCAACACGUACCCGAUAACUGA